AUGGCGGACGUACUCAUUUUUAGACACAGACGACAGCGACGAUUUCGACGAAUUGACUUACAAACGAAUGGACUUGAUGACGACGAACUGCGCCGAAGGUAUAGGUUUUCUGCCCAGAGCCUUGACCGAAUUGUCGACCUCUUGGACCCUAUUUUACGACGACAGACGCGACGAACCAGGUCUCUGUCAACACGGCAGCAGAUACUUAUAACUCUUCGAUUCUUGGCUACUGGGAAUUUUCUUCAGGUUAUCGGCGACACCUUCGGCGUUGACAUAGCUACUGUUUCUCGUGUUAUCACCGCUGUCGUUGACGCUAUUUUCGGACUGAAGGACCGUUUCAUUAAAUUUCCAACCAGCGACGAAGACCGACGCCGAGCGACUAAUGACUUCUUCCGGGUUCGGGGAUUCCCUUCUGUCAUUGGUUGUAUAGACGGAACCCACAUCCGUCUUCUAUCACCCGGGCAGCCCGACGAAGCAGCGUACGUCAACAGGAAACACUAUCACUCGAUCAACGUACAGGCAACUUGUGACAGAGACAGUAAGCCAAUUUGUAUUAUUGAUCUCCGUGACAAACUGCAUUAA